CCACCUUCGUUCUCUUCAGCUUUUCCAAUGGAAGAAGCCUCCUCACUGCAAUCACGCUAUCACUCCCCUCACGCCUUCGAACUGCUGCAGCAACAGCAAGUAGAAGAACAGCAAAGUGGUGCUUGUUCGAAUGUGGAGAUGGACGGCCGGCUGACUUCAUCUCUCCAGCGAGUCAGGGAUGGAAAUGGAAAUUACUCAGAAGCUGCUGCAGCAUACCACCACUCCGCCGCCGCCGCCGCCGGUGGUGGCGGUGCUAAGUAUAAGCUCAUGUCUCCGGCCAAGCUCCCGAUCUCUAGGUCACCUUGUACCCUCACAAUCCCACCUGGGCUUAGCCCGACGUCGUUUCUUGAAUCCCCUGUUCUACUCUCCAACAUCAAGGCAGAGCCUUCUCCAACUACAGGCACCUUUUCUAUGCCUCAAAUGAUGCAAGGCUGUAGUGGGACAUCCGGAUUUUCAUAUCUCACAAACUGUUCCAGUCUGAAUACUGUAAACAAGACGAAUUCCUGCAAUUUUGAGUUUCAGUUCCAUGCUGAUUCAGGCGAUGCAGCAGGAUUGAGACCAAUUGGACUUGCGGUGUCAUCAGGUUUAGUCCAGCAGCAUAAUGAGUCACUUGGACAAGUUCCAGAUUUGGGCCUUCCUCAGUCAUUAGUAUCUUCAUCUUUGGUUAAACAUGAGGUGGUGAUGGCAAAAGAGUCAAAUUUUUCUGCACCAACCACAAUAUCAGAUAGUGCUACUACAGCUGUUGAUUCUGAUGUAUUGAAUCAGAAAAAUCAUCCAAAUAUCAGCAAUCAAGUAUCAAAUUCUGAUAGUAAAGAUACAACGUCAUCAGUUGCAAAUGACAGGUCAUCAGACGAUGGGUAUAAUUGGCGAAAAUAUGGACAGAAACUUGUAAAAGGAAGUGAAUUUCCUCGAAGCUAUUACAAAUGUACGUAUCCUAACUGUGAAGUGAAAAAGAUAUUUGAACGUUCUCCUGAGGGGCAAAUAACAGAAAUUGUGUAUAAGGGUUCACAUGAUCAUCCUAAGCCUCAGCCAAGCCGUCGAUUUACUCCUGGUGCUCUUUUGUCUAUUCAAGAAGAGAAAUUUGAUAAAGAUUCAACUUUUACUGGUCAAGAAGACAAACUAAACGUCAACAGCCAGAAUACCAGUGUCGAGCCAAAUAGCACUCCUCUGCCAUCUCCGCAGCAAGAAAAUGAUGAUGGAUUGGAUGGUACCCUGUCAAAAUUGCAGUGUGUUAAUGAUGAGAUUGAUGAAGAUGACCCAUUUUCAAAGAGGAGGAAAUUAGAUGGUUCACUUGAUGUUACACCAGUGGUGAAGCCUAUCCGUGAGCCACGUGUUGUUGUUCAAACUGUAAGCGAGGUUGAUAUACUGGAUGAUGGGUAUCGGUGGCGUAAAUAUGGGCAGAAAGUGGUCCGUGGAAACCCAAAUCCUAGGAGUUAUUACAAGUGCACUCAUGCAGGAUGUCCAGUAAGGAAACAUGUUGAAAGAGCAUCGCAUGAUCCCAAAGCAGUUAUUACGACAUAUGAAGGAAAACACAAUCAUGAUGUACCAACUGCCAGAACAAGUAGCCAUGAAAUGGCAGGACCAGCAACGAUGGGUGCAAUGUCAAGAAUUAGGUCAGAAGAGGAUGAUCCACUAAGCCUUGAUCUUGGAGUUGGUAUUAGCUAUGGUGCUGAGCAUAGACCUGAUGCUCAGCUACAAAUGCUGAACUCUGAGCCUCUUCAAAGCCAAGUUCGUGCAGCUGCUUCUACUCGAAUGGUAGUUCAAGCAUCUACAUUGCCAGCAUGUUAUGGUGUUGUAAAUGGUGGAAUAACUUUAUAUGGAUCCAAAGAAAAUUUGGACGAAGGCGGUGGUUUUGGGACAGCACCUUUGCGGUCUUCAAACCAAUGUCCACAAAAUCUUGGAAGAAUAAUUUUGGGCCCGUAAAGUGUUACUGAGUACGAGGAGGAAAAGUGAAAAAAUAAUGCCACCAUUUAUUUUUUUCGGGAUUCUUGGUGGGUGAAUGGUCGAAGGAUUCAACCGAUGUUCACUUGUGAAUGCCUGCCUCUCCAGUUUUAUGUUUGAGAGCUGCCCAUGCUGUAAGAUAGUAUUAGUUACCAUGUAAAUUAGAAUACAGUAAAGGUUGACAUUGCACCCUCAAAAGUGCUCGAAUUCUUUUGGUUUUUGUAGCAAAUCCAUCUCAUCUCAUCUCCCUUCCUCAUUUUCAAGUAAAAGCUAGCGUCAAUUUUAACA